CUACUGAAAAGAAAGGCAGUCGAUUUAGGACGCGCCCCGAGUCACGUGACCCAGAUUUGGUGUUCAGUAAUGUUAGUGUGAGUGACUUUAAAUUCAUCCCACAGCUGUUUAACACCAUACAGAAGGAGCAGGUGGCGUUCAGCAUGAAUUUCCUCCUGGAGACUCUGCGUGUGUUGGUGCUAUCCGUAUACUACAUCCUGGAAGCCUUUGUGAAGUUCCUGGUGCCGCUGAGGAAGAAGAGCAUUGCCGGUGAGACGGUGCUGAUCACGGGGGCAGGCAGCGGCAUCGGACGCGUCAUGGCCAUCGAAUUCGCUGUCAUAGACGUCACGCUGGUGCUGUGGGACAUCAACCUGGACGGGGUGAAGGAGACGGCUCGGGUGCUUAAGGAGAAGGGCGCUCGCAGUGUUCACUGCUAUCAGGUCGACUGCAGCAACCGGGCAGAAGUGUACCGAGUGGCAGAACAGGUGAGACAGGAAGUCGGUGAUGUCACAAUCCUCAUAAACAACGCUGGCAUCGUCACCGGCAAGAAGUUCAUGGAUUCUGCAGACGGCCUCGUGGAGAAGACGCUCCAAGUUAACGCCAUGGCUCACUUCUGGACGUAUAAAGCGUUCCUUCCAGCGAUGACGGAGAAGAACCACGGACACCUGGUCUGUAUCUCCAGCUCUGCAGGACUGAUCGGGGUUAAUGGUCUCGCAGAUUAUUGCGCUAGCAAGUUUGCUGCCGUGGGAUUCGCCGAGUCCGUGGCGCUGGAGCUCCUAGCCACGGGGAAAGACGGCGUCAAGACGACGAUAGUGUGUCCGUAUUUCAUCAACACCGGGAUGUUCGACGGCUGCAGCACGAAAUGGCCGCGUCUGCUUCCCCUCCUGGAACCCGAGUACGUCGCUAAGAAGAUCAUGAACGCCAUCCUGACAGAUCAGACCUUCCUUUUAAUGCCAAGGAGCAUGUACCUCUUAAUGUUUUUGAAAGGUUUCCUGCCGUUUAAGGGAGCCGUGAUCCUGGGCGUGUACCUCGGAGCCUUCAACUUCAUGGACACUUUCAAAGGCAGACGAAAGAAAGAAAAUUGAUCUGAAGAAGUUGUUGGGUUUUUUUUUUUUUCAACUGUACUUUAUUUAGAAUUGUUAUUCUAACGUUAAAGAAUAAUAACAGAUUGAAUCCGUCAACACUUUCAGAUUUUAUCAUAGGACAGACUGAUACAGCGGCUCAUUAAUGUGGUAGAUUUAAAGCUUAGUGAAGCUGUUUUCUGUUUACAUGUCGUUUUGUGUAUUAGUGAAAAUAACAUAAUAAACAAAAAACGAUCUCUAAUAUCCCACCAGUAUCCCAUUAACGAUCUCCAAUACCCCACCAGUAUCCCAUUAACGAUCUCCAAUAUCCCACCAGUAUCCCAUUAACGAUCUCCAAUAUCCCACCAGUAUCCCAUUAACGAUCUCCAAUACCCCACCAGUAUCCCAUUAACGAUCUCCAAUACCCCACCAGUAUCCCAUUAACGAUCUCCAAUACCCCGCCAGUAUCCCAUUAACGAUCUCUAAUACCCCACCAGUAUCCUAUUAACGAUCUGUUUAUUAACGCUAGCCGUAGUCAGGUUUAUUUACCCUUCUUAAUGUUAGCGGGAUCUAGAUUUAUUAUAUUUUUUUCUUUUCUGAGGUAUGAACGAUAGCAUAUUGAAUUGAAAGUUAGUUCUGCAUGUGAAUGAAAUAUUUUGGAAUAUUUCAUCUUCACUUGUUGUGAUGGAGGACGUUGUUGACGAGGCUAAUCUGGAUCGUUAGCAUACUCGAGUGAGGAUGAAGGUGAUUGACAGCACGGUGUCGGUUGUUUCAAAGAACAAGAGGAUGUAUGAAGCUCGAAGGCAGCUGAUUGUUUAUCGUGCAUAAACUUGUGAAUACACACUUAAGGAAGGAAAGCACUUGACCUGGUACAAACAUUCCACUUUUUUUUUUUUUUAAUCUCUGAAGACGCUUAGUCUUUAUCUUCUGGUUUCGUUAAACACAUGGUACGCUGUAGCAUCAGGUUCCUGUUGUUGAUGGACAGGAACACAACCUGAUGCUGAUGUCGGUCGUUUCUCCUCGGACGUCUCUCAUUGACAAGUCGGUGCUGCUCACAGAACUGUAGGAUUGUUUGUUUUGUUUGUUUUUUGUACAAUUCUCUGUGGAAAUCUGCAGUAUCUGAAAUACUCAAACUGACGUCAUUGUCGUCGCCAUCAUCGUUAUCCAUGCCGUGGUCAUGAGUUUUUGUUUGUUGUUUCUUAUCUUCCUGCUGAUGUUUGAUAUGAAAGUAAACUAAAGUACUGAAUUUUGAAGCAUGUGAUAAGACUAUAAUUGGACUUAGGCGUUUGACUGAUCCUGAUAUGGACGUGGAGUCACACCGCCCUCUAGUGGUCACCAGACUCAAACACACUCACAUUCACUCAUCUGUUUUAUUUUUUUUUAAAACUCUCAUCCUGCCUGCAUUUUUUUUUCACCCCGACUAUAAAAUGUCAUACAGAUGCAACUAAAGAUACAUAAACAUGAGAAAUAUAUGAAAAAAAAAUA